UUUCAUGACAAAGCAAACAUUUAUCCUAAAAAAUGAGCCCAUUAUAAAAUGAGGCUUCCUGGUUUGAGCUCUUGCAGUUACUUCUAGUCUCUUUUCUUUAGGAAUAUUGCACCCAACAUUGAUCAUGUUUAAAACUGGAAACAGGAUCACUUUCUAUGAAGGCAAGAAUUUCCAAGGAUGCCGCUAUGAGUCUGAUAGGGAUUGUUUGGAUUUCCACACUGACUUGAGCCGUUGCAAUUCCAUCCGUGUAGAAAAUGGUGUCUGGGUUGUUUAUGAGCAGCCAAAUUUUGCAGGAAACAUGUAUGUUUUAACCCAUGGAGAAUAUCCUGAAUAUCAUUGCUGGAUGGGCCUGAAUGAUAGAGUCAGCUCCUGCAAAUCUAUUCAGUUGACUGGUGGAGACAAAUAUCAGAUCCAGCUCUUUGAGAAGGGUGACUUUAGUGGUCAAAUGCAUGAAUCUGCAGAGGAUUGCCCUUCUGUGAUGGAGAAGUUUCACCUGCCAGAAAUUCAUUCUUGCAAAGUUCUGGAUGGGGCAUGGGUUUUCUAUGAACAUCCCAACUUUCGUGGCAAGCAGUAUUUCCUGGAGAGAGGAGAAUACAGUAAACCCAUGGAGUGGGGAGCUGCAACCCCACUGGUCCAGUCCUUCCGCCAUAUUGCAGAAUAAUAAAUUGCAUGGAGUCUGAAGCUGAUAUGAUAGAGACUUGAUGCCAUACUUGUGGGCUUCAUGCUGCCUGUCAUUAUUCGUGGUAUAUGUGUCCCUUUGAGUGAUCCUUUAAAGGAGAUGACUAAUCUCUGCACUGCUAUUUUGGAAAGAUAAUUAAAUUUAUUUAGCAUCAAAA